AUGUCAGCCUCGAAACGUGAAGAAGAGGACCGCUCACGCGUUGACGGCUUCAAGAUCGAGAUUUUCAAACUCGUCCAGAGGGAGGCAACUUCGGAGCAGUGGAAGGAGUGGCUUCGAGCACCUCUGGAGCAUGCUGCGGCCAAGGAACUUGGAUCUCUUCACACGGCUGAUGGACACUGGAGUGAGAAGAUGGUACGCACCCUGCUCACCGCGGGGGCGACGGAUGACGCCAACGUCCUGUUCGGGGUUGAACACGAGUCCGCUCUCCAUGUUGUACUAGCUCGGGGUGCUGAAGACUCAUGUAGGGCGCUCAUGAUCGCUGGAGCAGACCCGACUCUGCGUGAUCGGGGGGAUGAUACAAGAUGGUUCAAGGAAAUGGAUACAAGAAUAUUCAACAUGACAAGUGUGAUUGAACGAAUUUGGGUAGCUGCCGUAGCUGGGCAUCACCGAGUUAUAGGAAGCCUUCUUCUGAACAGGGCCGAUGUACACGCGAAGACGGCCUCCCAGUCGACUCCUCUCCACCUGGCUGCUUCGGAGGGCCGUGCGCUGUGCCUUUCCGAGCUUCUGCUGGGCGCGAACAAUCACCUCGAGGCUGUCCAAGAGCUCCUAGCUGCUGGUGCCAACUGUGGCCUGCGUUGCAUGCUUACCAACGGCAGCCAUUCUUCGCUCGACAUGGCUGCAGGCAGAGGUCACGCGGACGUCUUAACGGCCUUGCUCGACAAAGACAAUAUUUUUUUCGCGAUGUCUGUUGAUGGACCUGUCCACGACAAUGGUGAUGCUGUGCGUGCACUGUUGGGAGUUGGGGCUGAUGUCAACGCGAAGACCACCGACAGCAUCUGCGCUUCGCCGCUCCAUCUUGCCGUUGAUCGUCGGAUAGCAUCGGACGGCAUGAUUCGCGCUCUGUUAAAGGGAGGGGCCAAUAUCAAUGCGCGCACUGGAGACGACAAUAAGCCACUGCACCUUGCUUGCAGGCAUUCGAGUGUUCAUGGCGUUGAGCUUUUACUACGUUGGGGAGCAGAUGAGAAGCUCACGAACAGUGUUGGAAAGACGCCCGCAGACGUGAUAAGAGCGCUGCAGCAGGGUGACCUGGACGACAAAGAACGCGAGGCCGACGACCAGCGCAUUGGCCGAAUGGUGGCACUCGUUCCAGCCGACAGGUCAUGGCGUCGCCGCGGCUGGCUAGUGCUGAGCCGUUCAUGCCCGACCAGGGUGCAGAUCGCGAACGGCAGCAGCAGCAGCAGCAGCAGCAGCAGCAGCAGCAGCAGCAGCAGCAGAAUCAACGGUAACGCCGCGAAGGUGGCAAGGGUCAGCGGCGAGAGUUCAAGUCGGGAUGAUGAGCGGACGGAAGGCGACAUGAUCGUGGACUUGAGGAAUUUGGUGGGCAGGCUGGUCGGACUGGAGGCAGAUGGCUUGCUUCGCUUGGUGAGCCUGCCAGCGAGACAGCGCCAACCACGCACACUAACACCACCAACACCGAUCCAGUUGGCGCCACGCAACACCAUGUCAGCCUCGAAACGUCAAGAAGAGGGCCGCUCAUGUCUUGACUGCUUCGAGAUCGAGAUUUUCAAACUCGUCCAGAAGGAGGCAACGUCGGAGCAGUGGAAGGAGUGGCUUCGAGCACCUCUGGAGCAUGCCGCGGCCGAGGGGAACUUGGAUUUCUUCACACGGCUGAUGGACGCUGGUGCCAACGUGGAAGCAGGCCGGCGGGGUUGCCAUGGCCGAACACUGCUGGGUGCGACAGCAUGCGAUAGAAGUGAGAAGAUGGUACGCACUCUGCUCACCACGGGGGCGACGGAUGAUGUAGCCGUCCUGUUCGGGGUUGAACACGAGUCCCCCCUCCAUGUUUCAGCAGCUCGGGGUGCUGAAGACUCAUGUAGGGUGAUCGGAGAAAACGUAGUCCGCUACACCUCGCUGCCGGCCGAUGUACACGCGAAGACGACUUCCCAGCAGACUCCUCUCCACCUGGCUGCUUCCGAGGGCCAUGCGCUGUGCAUCUUCGAGCUUCUGCUGGGCGGUGCAGACAAGGAUGUGGUCGACCGUCACGGCAAAACGCCACUGUUCAAGGCGGCAGCGAACAACCACCUCGAGGCAGUUCAAGAGCUUCCAGCUGCUGGUGCCAAUUACAGCCUGCGUACCAACGGCAGCCGUUCUCCGCUCGAGAUUGCUACAAACAGAGCCCUACACUAUGCUGCAUCGAUUGAUGGACCUGUCCACGACAAUGGUGAUGCUGUCCGUGUACUGUUGAGAGCUGGGGCUAAUAUCAACGCCAAGGGCACCAAAGACCCCUGCGAUACGUCGCUCUAUCUUGCCGUUAAUCGUCGGAUGGCAUCCGACGGCACGAUUCGGGCCCUGUUGGAGGGCAGGGCCAAUAUCAAUGCGCGCACUGGAGGCGACCAGACACCACUGCACGUAGCUUGCAGUCGUUCGAGUGCUGUUGGCGUUGAGCUUUUACUACGUUGGGGGGCAGAUGAGAAGCUCACGACCAACGAUGACCUUGACGACGAAGAACUCGAGGCCGACAACCAGCGCAUUCGACGAAUGUUGGCGCGCGAUCCAGCCGCCAGGUCAUAG